AUGACAACAGCUCCGGCCACUCAGGUCGCUUCGGACACGAAUUCUUGGGUAUGUCCUAUACUCAUAUUGAGCACAUCUACCACCCCUGACCACCACCCAGAGUUUGACUUCCGUGUUGUUGGCGAUGGCCGCUCAGCUAUUGCCCGCUAUGCCAAUAAUAGCAACUACCGCAACGACUCGCUGAUCCGUAAAGAGAUGUGCGUGAGCUCGUUGAUGGUGCAGGAGAUCAGACGCAUCAUCAAGGAUAGCGAGGUUCUGAAAGAAGACGAUACCAAAUGGCCACAGAAGAACAAGGACGGGCGACAGGAGCUUGAGAUCAGGCUGGGCAGCGAGCACAUCUCGUUUGAGACUUCCAAGAUUGGCUCUCUGGUUGAUGUCAACGAGUCCGAAGACCCAGAAGGUCUACGCGUCUUCUAUUAUUUGGUGCAGGACUUGAAGGCCCUCGUCUUCUCCCUCAUAUCUCUCCACUUCAAGGCAUGUCCAAAUCUCACGUUCUUCUUCAGAAUCAACUGA